UAUGCUCUCAUCUUGCUUGUGUUAUAAUCUCUCAUAAAAAAAAAACAAAUCUCGCUUGCGUUAUAAGUAAUUUAUAGGGUAGCAUGAAACUUAAAAGUAAUGGAAAUAUUAAACUUGCACUCAAUUAAGACCUGUCAAUGGAUUUGGAUUUUUCAUAUAUAGUUGCAACUACAACUUGUAUAGAACUACAUCAUCUGCACAAACAAUAGAUCAUCAAGCUUGAGAAAAGUUGAAACCUAUGGAUAGAUUUAGUGGUGGGUUGAAAGGAGUAGUUCCUUUUGUAUUAGUUUUUGUUCUGGCCUUUGCUUCAAUUACAGUUCCAAGUGCUCAUGGUUGGAGUAAAGAGGGUCAUGUUAUGACGUGUCAAAUAGCCCAGGCGCUGCUAGACUCGGAGGCAGACGAAGCUGUUCGAAAUCUGUUACCUGACUACGUCAAUGGCGAUUUAUCAGCCCUCUGUGUAUGGCCCGAUCAAAUUCGCCACUGGUACAGAUACCGCUGGAGUAGCCCUCUUCACUUCAUUGAUACGCCUGACCAAGCUUGCUCCUUUGACUAUUCCAGGGACUGCCAUGAUCAACAUGGGUCAGAGAACAUGUGUGUUGCUGGUGCGAUCCAGAAUUUCACUUCUCAGCUCUCGCAUUACCGGGAAGGAACCUCCGAUCGCCGAUAUAAUAUGACUGAGGCCUUGUUGUUCUUAUCUCAUUUCAUGGGAGAUAUUCACCAGCCAAUGCAUGUUGGAUUCACUACUGAUGAAGGAGGAAACACCAUUAAUCUACGCUGGUUCAAACACAAAUCGAAUUUGCAUCAUGUAUGGGAUAGAGAGAUUGUACUGACUGCUCUAAAAGAUUAUUAUGAAAAUGAUAUGGACCUUCUCCUACAAGACAUUAAGGGAAACUACACUGAUGGAGUCUGGUCUGAUGAUGUUUCUUCUUGGGAACAUUGUGAUGAUCUUGCUUCAUGCAUAAACAAAUACGCUGUUGAGAGCAUAAACACAGCUUGCAAAUGGGGUUACAAAGACGUUGACCCUGGUGUUACUCUUGCAGACGAUUACUUUAAUUCCAGGAUGCCAAUUCUAAUGAAACGCAUAGCACAGGGUGGAGUACGAUUAGCCAUGAUUUUGAACCGGGUGUUAGGUGACUCCAACAAAGGACUUGCCAUGCCAACUUAACCAACUGAUAAUUAUGCAUAAGAAGAUUAUAUCUGGAUAUUCUUCAGACUUAUUCUUUGGUUUAAACCAUCCCCGAGUUUAGCUGACCAGGUACACUGCGUACAUUGGUUUAGUUAUGAUGUACCUAAUAAUGACCAAUCUUGUAACUUGUAAGUGAUAACAUGUGUAGAUUACAGUUAAUUCCGAACUAUUUGUAACCGAUUAUAUGAUUCUCAUCUUUGAUAAACAAUCUAGAUUUCUCAACAUAUGGUUGUUCUUGUUAA